AACGCAUUGAAACACGCGCUAUCCCUAACUCGGAUUCGAAUUUAUCGACUUUAUCCCAUGCAAACUUGCUAAUUGCGGCUCAACUUCUCUAUCGGAUUUCCAUUAUUGGAAUUUUUCACUCGCACCAGUUGCAGUGUUGUCAUUCACGCAGCUUUGCAAGUCAACUGUAAAUUCACCGAGUCUCUUUUCUGUCGGAGUUUGAAAUUUGCUCCCUUCAGGUCACGAGAGUCUGUUUUAUUUCCUCAACUAUAAGCUACAGUGAUGACCAUGAACUCCUGCGAGCACCUCCUGGAACUCACCCUAUACGAUGCGGAGUCAACCUCCAACGACGAAAGCGCUCUUACACCUUGGUAUCCCCAGGUGCAGCCACCCCUACUUGAGGAGCCUUCUUUUUUCAAUGAAGCCUGGGUCUCUGAUAUUGUGGCUAACCAAGCAGCCAGCGAACCGGAAGUGUAUCAAGAUUCCGAGGCAAAUAUCGCCUCCAGCGCAGCCGCAAUGACGGCAGUGGAUUUGCCAUCAAUCUCACACGCUCCUCAUGCAGAAUCUCAUUGCGGAAACAGAGCUUUAAAGUGCCCGGACGGGCAUACAACCAGUAGCCCGAUGCGCUUAAGCAUGGUUUCCGAGGCGAUGAGUGAUCGUACGAUCGAUGCCGGGGGCCAAGAACUUCUGGCAAUUAAUGGAAGCAUGCAGAUGUCCUUGACCGUCUCAUCGCCCUUGAAGAAUAGUACAGCGCUCAGCUACGGCCUAGAAGAGACGAUGCCAACACAGGAUAUGGAUCAAUUACCAGUUCAUUCUAUACCAGCAUCGCCACGCGUCACUUUGUCGACUGCUGAUUUUGACGAAGCGUUCCAAUCUUGCGCUUUGGCUAAUUACGUAUCCGACCAAGGGUUGAUACCAAAUGACCGAACCAUUGAGAUAUCAGGCUCAUGGUCUGGCGUUUAUUCUCCUGCUGGAAUCGAUGUGACUCAAUCAUUCACCCCAGUCUCAGAUAUUCGGUCUUUAGACAGCUGUGCAGCGGAGACUAAAUCAUCACAUCAACGAUUAAAGAGGUCGCAUCCGACUUCUGGCUUUUCGUGGCAUGUAUCAAAUCCCUCACAUCCAUCUCAGGCGUCAUUCCAAGAAGAAUCAUCCAAUCUACUGAAUACGAAAGGGACCGGCGGUGUCUUGCCUGGGGAUGAGCCCCUUCAAUCAACAGCAUCAACGAAGAAAGCAAAGACGAGCGUUGCAUACGCGAAUAAUUGCACAGAAUGGCAAAUUUCCGGGUACACAAGUGAGCAUCACAGUGUAGCUGUUACUAGCGGAAAAUUGAAAAAUGCUACCAAGUGUGCUCGGUGCAAACAUGACAAGCAACCAUGCUACAAUGGCUUCCCAUGCGACCGCUGUAGACCGUACCUCCAAAGACGCCAGCAGUCUAUCAGGAAGGUACACUGGGCCGGUUGCUAUGUCAGCGAACUUGUCAUGCUCAACCCACUGCUAGUUUUCGUUGAUUACAACAAUACGCUAUUGGGAACUCUUGACGAAGCAAUCCUCACGAUUGCAGAGCUACAAGGGUGGGAAUAUAGACCGAGAAAGUCCCCUAGUAAUGCACAAACACGCUUGUCAGGACUGCUCCGGACAAUUGCUAUUCAAGGGCUGGAACGAUUCCCUGUUCUGGCAAACGGCUCAAAGCAGAAUCAGACUGCCGGACCUCACGAUGUUGAGGUUGAAAUUCCACUGGGAUUCCGCAUGUCCAUAUUUCGAAAAUAUGUUGGCAAACAUCACCUUCCCGACCGACGAGCUUUCUACGUGGCACCAGAAAUGUCCUUGAACCCCACGCAACAUUUUGCUCUAAGUCUUGUUGCGUGCCAUUGGUCGCUGAAACUACUUGAGGACGUUUUUGCAAAGGCACAGAAAGACCAACAGUGGACUCAAGAUAGAGACGCGGACUUCGUGUAUUCGGCCCUGUCGUUUAGCGGGACAAUAUGCGACCCUUUUUUCAACGGGUUGCAUGACAUGAGGUAUCCUCCAAGCCCGUGUACGUCUCAGCGUUAUAUAUCCGAUACUCUCCUGUCAAAGUUCAAGCAGCAGACAGCAUACGUCUUCGAUUACGUGAAAUGGAACUUGCGUACUCGUCCGGAGUCACUUCAAGCAUGGAACGGUUUCUUCGGACUCAGGGGCAAGGGGUACUGGGGAGUCAACAAAGGCAGCUUAUACAACUCCUUCCACAAUGUGGGUAGAACGUAAUGGACUCAAAAGUUACCAUUGGCGGAAAGCGUUUUCGGAUUUGUUAUAUUAUGUAUGACUUAGAUUUUGCUUACACACACAGCCGACGCAAGCUCAGCGUUGGAUCGCUGGACUACGGUCUCAUCGCAUGAUGGCGUUUCUGGGAACGGCGGGGAAAAUAGGUUAGUUAAUGUUUCGGCAAAGUAACAUUCAUACAUUCACCUGAUAAUUUCG